AUGCCUCAGCUUUUUGAGCCAAAGCCUGGCCAAGAGAAUUUAUUUAUAUUUGACAAAACCCCAACUUAUCUUUUUCGACUCCAUGUCCCACGCUCAAAGGGCGAUACGAGUACCGUGCAUGUCAUGGCUCCAGCCUUCCUCGGGCGAACGGCAUAUCAUAGGGAUAGGUUACCGUGCGGCGAAGAUCUUUUGCAGCUGCCAACUAAAAUAGCAACUUCAAGACUCAAAGACCAUCUACGUUGGAACUCUCUUCUCUUCCUUCUCCAAUAUGCCUUGUACCGUCACACAACAGACUUUGAACCAAAGCCACAAUUCCCAAAUAUCAAAAUCAUCAUGAUUGAUACCCGGGACUUCCCAGAACAAAUAUUUCUUCGCGAUCUUGAUGCCUUGGAGUGGCUGCAUGAACAGCCAGACCCCGUGUUCAAAAGACUUUACAACAAUAGAAAUGGCCGGUUUUACUUUGGAGAAUACCUCACUCAAGGCUAUCUGGAUAUCACAGGCAAGUGUGUGGAGAUGACAAUGCAGCAACUUGUUGACGGGGGGCUUUUCACGGCUAUUUGUCCUGCAUUGGAUAAGCCACAAAAUGAUUGGAAAGAAUGGCCAAAGGCAGUUUGCAACCGCCUUCGGGUCGAUAUCGCAAGUAACAAAGCUGUGGAUCAAAAGCAAAUUCGAACCGCCAUCUUCCUGGCUCGAGAUUGUGUAGGGGACAGAUUUCUUGUGCCCCUUGCACUCAUGCUAUUGGGACUGCGAAGCCGACAGUCCGACAAUGCAGCGAUUGCGAACGCCUUCCACUCCCUCUUCACCGACCAAGAUAAGGAGCUCGUUUUUCGGGGUGUCAAGUAUGAUCAGUCUUCUGAAAGGAUGGAGGAACUCCGAAGAUUCCAGGAAUUAAUGGAAGUCGUUAAAAAACAACACGAUGAUAAUUCACUGGCCGUAACGACAAGGCUAAUGGAAGGACUAGGGCUAUCUACCAACGAAAUGUCCACCAAUCCCACAAAGACCCGUAUCUACGUUGGUCCAUUUGGCAACGAAUAA